CCCUAUUUUUCCCCCAAAAAACCUAAGAAGAACCUAACAUAAGCCACUGAAGAGCCAAAACCAAAAAAAAAAAAGAAAAAAAGAAAAAAAGAAAAACCUCAAAACCCCCGUAUAAUCCCAAAAUCCUUGUUGUUGUUGGAUUAAGAAUUCUGCAUUUAUUGGGAUUUGUUCAAUGCUUAAAUGCGCCUUUUCUCCCUCUUUACUAUUAUUUCUUCAUAUUUCAUGUCUUUUCUUGAUGCACCAACAUAAAGGGUUUCAAAGCAAUCAUUGAAGUUGACAACUUUCAGUUCUGGUACUACUAUUUUCUGAACAACAUGAGUGAUUCUAAGGUAUUUUUAUUCGGUUCAUUUACUGAAGAUGAAACAAAGUCAUUGCUGAACCAGCCAUCUAAUUGUGAUGGGAAUAAACGCAUAGAAGAGAAGGUGCUAGUUAAUUCCUCAAAAUUGGUGCCUGAUUUAUCUUUUGGAAGUUUCAGUGCUGUAUUAGAUUCCCAAUCAGCUUCUUCAAAAGAGAGAGUAGGCUCAGAUUCCUCUACUACUCUCAAGGGGCAGAAAGCUGGGCAUGAGAAACCAGAUGCAGAUAACUUACAAAGAGAAAUCAAGCAGAAUGGAGAUUGCUACAUCAAUGGACAUGAAGAAUCUGCAGUGGUACACAAUAUAGACUUAAGCAAUUUAUAUGUGUCGGAAUAUGAGGGUAAAGCUAUUAAGAAGUUGUCUGGUACUGCUGGACGAGAUGAUGAUGCACUAAUUAAUAAAGGAAAUUUGAAUGGGACCACUAGCAAUUCAGCAAAAAGUGCACAUUCAGCACAGGCCCCUCCAGAGGUAUCUGGUGGGCCUCUUGAGGUUGCGGGCUUGAUACCUCGUGGUUUAAUCAACUCAGGGAACUUAUGCUUCCUUAAUGCUACAUUACAAGCUCUUUUGUCCUGUUCUCCUUUCGUUGAGCUUUUGCUAAAGCUAAGGAUACAGAGUAUUUCGAAGGCGGAGUAUCCAAUAUUAGCUGCAUUUGUGGGGUUUCUUUCUCAGUUUGUCGUACCUAGUUCUACAAGUUCAAUGAAGAAAGAUGCAACCAGUAUUGAAGUCGGUACGCCCUUCAGCCCGGCAAUGUUUGACAUAGUUCUGAGGAGAUUUACUCCUGAUGUGCAUAAAUCCAUUUCUGGCAGGCCAAGACAAGAAGAUGCACAGGAGUUCCUUAAUUUCGUAAUGGAUCAGAUGCAUGGUGAAUUACUGAAGCUUGAAGGGCAAUCAGGUUCAAGUGGGAAAAAUUCAUCUCUUGUUUCAUCAGAAGAAGAUGAUGAAUGGGAAACUGUUGGCCCAAAGAACAAAUCUGCUGUCACAAGAACUCAGGACUUUGUUCCGUCAAACUUGAGUGCCAUUUUUGGAGGACAGUUGAAGAGCCUUGUAAAAGCUAGAGGGAACAAAGCCUCUGCCACUGUUCAACCAUUUUUGGUGCUCCAUCUUGAUAUUUCCCAUGAAGCUGUUCAUAACCUUCAAGAUGCUCUCCGCCUAUUUUCUGCCCCUGAGACACUCGAGGGAUAUAGAACAACGGUGGGAAAGGUUGGUGUGGAUACUGCCAGAAAAUCUAUCAGCAUACAGACACUUCCUAAGAUGAUGAUUUUGCAUCUGAAGCGGUUUGGUUAUGGAAGCUAUGGAAGUACCAAAUUGCAUAAACCGGUGCGAUUCCCUCUUGAACUGGUGAUAAGCCGCGAUUUGCUUGCUUCUUCGACUACCGAGGGUCGACGAUAUCAACUUGUUUCAACUAUCACCCACCAUGGGAGGGAAGCUUCUAAGGGGCACUACACUGCCGAUUGUCGUCACCAGAGUGGGAAGUGGUUGCGGUUUGAUGAUGCCUCUGUUACUGCUGUUACCACCAACAAAGUGUUGCAUGAUCAAGCUUACGUUCUAUUCUAUAGACAAGUAUAGGCAACCUGCUGUUUUAAUCUAAUUAGGUGAAGGAGCUGCGAUAGAAGAAGACAUUCUAAACCCAUUGGACAUUGCUAUACUCCGGUUUCUGCAGUGCUGUGCUCUCCAGUGUCGACUCAGAUAACGACUAGUGUUUCUAUUACAAGGUCAUCAGGGAAAUGGAGCAUCCAUUGUCAUCCAUGGAAUGUGGUAAAUGUAUGGAAUCUUGUUUACCGGUUUCACUUUUCCCCCCUCAUUGUACUAGGAAAAUUUGAAUAUUCUGAAAUGGAAUCGAGGUCUAGAUGUUUCUUGAUAUUCGAUAAAGGAUAUAUGGAUUUGUCUCCAUCAGUUAUAUUAUAUAGAGGCAUUGCUUAUUUUGAUAGUA